AUGGAUCAACAGGGCCAGUCUGGGGUACCAGGCCCCACCGGGCGCAAGCUCCAUAUCGCUCAUCGGAGAAGUCCAUCUGAGCUGACCCCUUUGAUGAUGGAACAACUGGCCAUUCAGCAACAAAUUGAGCUCCUCCAGCAGCAACAGCAACAGAUUGCUGCAACACACCAACAGUACGUUAAUAUGGGCCUGUUACAGCCACAGCAGCUGGGACAGGUCAACGCCUUCCAAGGCGGCUCGAUGGGUGGUGUCUCCCCUCAGGUCAACGCUUUCCAGUUUCCCCAGCAGCAACAGCAGCAGCAGCUUGGGGUUCCAAUGAAUGCGCCAAACCAACAUUCUCACCGUCGCAAUCAAUCUGCCCUCCCGGGUCUUGCCAUGGGCCCACCCCCUGCCCCAUCCUCAGGGGCAUCCGGAUAUGCCGACUACGGUCAACAAGGCCAGAAGAACGAGAAUAACCACGGUGGCCACGGUGGUCGUGGUCGUGGUGGUCCGCCUGGUGGAGGUCACCAGCGCCGCCACUCUCUCGCACUCCCCGAGGCCAAAAAGGCCGCUGAGCUGGCACAGCAAAAGCGAACCGCCUCUGGCUUCCAAUUCCCUGCUCCCUCUCCCGGUGGUGCUAGUGGUUUGGAGAAUCCGUCUAGCUCGGAUGACAAACCUGGCUCAAGCACCUCUCCUGCUCCCCAGGGUCUUGGAUUGCAGCGUGCUGGCAACCUUCGGGCUGGUGGUCAUGGCCGAAGCCAGUCGAUGGCCGUUGGUGGAAACCGAGGCUCCAUCUCUGGUCGUGGUGCUGGCGGUUUCCAAUUUCCUGCUUCCCCUAAUGACGGUCAGUCGGAUAAUCAACGCCGCGGCAGCCAGCCCGGCCACGCUCGCUCCUCUUCGCGAAACUUUGACGGAAAUUGGCGCCAGCCGAACAACCAGAACCAGGCACAAGACCAACAGAAGUCUUAUGGCCAGCAACAGCAAGGCAGUGGUUUCCAACCAGGCCAUCGCUCGCGGGCUUCUAUGAACCAGUCGAUGGGCUCCAUCGGCCAGUUCCAGUACGGACAGCCCCAACUUAUCCAGCUCCCGCAGGGCCAGGUGAUGAUGGCGCCGCCCCAGAUGUUUGGUGGACAACAAAUCAACCCACUUCAGCUAGCUCAACUCCAGGCUCUCCAGCAGCAGAACGGACAGGGCAUGGGAGGCCUCGGUGCAAGCCAGCAUGCGCCACCCCAAUUGUCGGUUCAGCAGCAGCAGCAGCAACAGCAGCAGCAGCGGAAGACGCUUUUCACUCCUUACUUACCGCAGGCCAAUUUGCCUGCCUUGAUCAGCAACGGGCAGUUAGUCGCUGGUGUCCUGCGAGUGAAUAAGAAGAACCGUUCCGAUGCCUAUGUGACCACAACGGACCUUGACGCCGACAUUUUCAUUUGUGGCAGCAAAGAUCGCAACCGCGCCCUCGAGGGAGAUUUUGUUGCCAUCGAACUCCUUGAUGUUGAUGAAGUCUGGGCCCAGAAGCGCGAGAAGGAAGAAAAGAAGAAGCGCAAGGAUAUCACCGACGCUCGGUCCGGAAGCAAUGCUGGAAAUGAUAAGUUGGGCCGCUCAGAUUCCAAUGGUGACAGACAGGAAGUCGGUCCGGAUGGAAGCAUCCGUCGUCGUGGCAGUCUUCGCCAGCGCCCUACUCAGAAGAAGAAUGACGAUGUUGAGGUUGAAGGCCAGAGCCUCCUCCUUGUCGAGGAAGAUGAGAUUAGCGAUGAGCAAAAACCGCUGUACGCUGGACAUGUGGUUGCUGUUAUUGAACGCAUUGCUGGUCAGAUGUUCUCUGGAACUCUGGGUCUUCUCCGUCCUAGCAGCCAGGCGACGAAGGAGAAGCAGGAGGCCGAGCGGCAAGCCAGAGAUGGUGCCCAUGGCCGCUCCAACCAGGACCGCCACCAAGAGAAGCCCAAGAUUGUCUGGUUCAAGCCCACGGACAAGCGUGUGCCCUUGAUUGCCAUCCCUACUGAACAGGCCCCCCGGGACUUCGUGGAGAAGCAUCAGGAUUACGCAAAUCGUAUCUUUGUCGCUUCCAUCAAGCGUUGGCCCAUCACCUCCCUGCACCCCUUCGGCACUCUUGUAGAGCAGCUCGGAGAGAUGGGCGACCUACGGGUCGAGACUGAUGCUCUUCUCCGUGAUAACAACUUUGGCUCGGACGAAUUCUCCGAUGCUGUGAUCAAGAGCAUUGGCUGGGAAGAUUGGUCGGUCGCUAACGAGGGUGAAGCUCUGGCUGCCCGUCGCGACUUCCGUGAAGAAACCACAUUCACCAUUGACCCUGAGAAUACAAAGUCGCUGGAGGAUGCCUUCCAUGUCAAGAAGCUUGCCGAUGGCAAGGUGGAGAUUGGUGUUCACGUUGCUGAUAUUGCUCAUUUCGUCAAAGGUAACUCUCUUGUGGAUCGAGAGGCCAAGAAGCGUGGUACCGCUGUUUAUCUUGUCGAUCGAGUCAUGAACAUGCUUCCACCGCGGGUCUCUACAGAGCUCUGCUCCCUUAUUCCUGGCGAGGACCGUUUGACUGUUAGCGUUGUUUUCAAGGCUAAUUCUGAAACCGGUGCCAUUGACGACGAUGUCUGGAUUGGUAAGGGUAUUAUUAAGAGUGCAGGUCGCCUCAGCUACGAGGACGUCAACUCUGUUCUCACAGGAAAAUCGAGCUCAGUCGGGACUCAAAUCACCACUGACGAUAUCAAGAUGCUCGACGCUAUUGCUCACAAGUUCCGUGACGCUCGCUUCGGUAACCGGGCGUCCAAUGUUCCCAGCCUGCGUAUUCUUCAGCAGCUUGACGAUGAGAACGUGCCGGUUGAGUACAACAUCUUCGACUCGACUCCAGCUCAUGAGCUUGUUGAGGAGCUUAGCCGCCAGGCCAACUUCUACGUUGCUCGCAAGCUGGCUAGUGCGAUGCCUGAAAAAGCAUUCCUGCGUCGCCAGCCUUCGCCCAACCCUCGUCGUCUGACGCUGUUUGACGAGAGAAUGAAUCGCCUCAGUUUCGGCAUUGAUGCGUCCAGCAGCGGUAGCUUGCAGAGUUCUCUCUGCAAGGUUGAGGAUGUUGACAUCCGCAAGGGAAUGGAGACUUUACUUUCUAAGGCUAUGCAGCGCGCUAAGUACUUCGUGGGAACUGGUGCUGCGGAUGAACAGCGUCAACACUACACUUUCAACGUGCCUGUGUACACCCAUUUCACCAAUCCCUCUCGUCGGUAUGCUGACAUCAUUGUUCACCGCCAACUCGAGGCCAUCCUGUCGGAGGGUGCCAUUGAGUUCACUGAUGAUGCCGAGUCUUUGAACAAGACAGCCGAUCUUUGCAACAACAAGAAGGACUCUGCCCACAAUGCGCAAGAGCAGAGUGUCCAUAUUGAGGCCUGUCGCAACAUGGAUCGGAAGGUUCAUGAAAUUGGUGGUGACCUUAUCAGCGAAGGCAUUGUGCUCUGCGUUUAUGAAUCCGCUUUUGACGUUCUUAUUCCCGAAUAUGGCUUCGAGAAGCGCGUGCACUGCGAUCAGCUCCCCUUGAAGAAGGCCGAGUACCGCAAGGAUACUCGUGUGCUUGAGCUGUACUGGGAGAAGGGUGUACCGUCCUCUGCCUACAUCCCUGAGGAUGAGCGCCCCAAGCCUGCCAACUCUCGCGCAGCCCAGGCCGCUGCCGCUGCCCGCGAAGCUGAGGCUGCUAAGGAGCGUGCUCGAGAGCAAGACGAGGCCAUGCGCAAGCAGACCGAGACCGGCACAAUGUCCGCCGACGACGUCGAUGCCCUCUUUGAUGAUGAUGAUGUGGAAGAGGUGACUGAAAUGGCGGCCGGCGUCUCUCUUAACUCGGCUGACCGGUCAACUCAGAGCAUGCCUCCAUCUCCCACCCGCAACGGUCAUCUUCAGCAGGGACCUCACCGCACUCGCUCGGAUCCUAAGAUUGCUUCCAGCACUGCCGAUGCCCCGGAGAGCAAGCUGACCAACAAGGAUAAGUACUUGAAGCUAUUCAAGCUCCGCGAGGAGGAUGGAGAGUUCAUCCAGGAUGUUACUGAGAUGACUCGCGUGCCCAUCAUCUUGAAGACUGACUUGAGCAAGAGCCCACCAUGCCUCACCGUCCGGUCGGUGAACCCGUACGCUCUGUAG